AUGGGAAUUUGUCGGUACGAGACGCCGCAGGAUGAUGGCAAGCCCCGGAAGGUGCCAUGCGAGUCGCUGCGCAUCACCUACGAGGACCCGUUGACCCAUGUGCAUCGGGCAGAGGAAGUGUUUCUGGACCCUCGUGACCUCUGGUCCCGUGGCCAAAGUUUACUUCUGGUGAAUGGAGCCUCAUUGGUGGCCUUGCAAGCCAAGUCUGACAAGGAGCAAUCCUUUGCACUGAGCUCCCAAAGCGCCACAGAGCGGUGUCGUAGGGACUACCUUCGGGAGCAACGACUACUCCUGGACGAGCUGGCGAGACUGUUGGAGUCGCACGCCUAG